AUGACAGGAGAGUUCAUCACCAAACGGCCACAUAAGAAGUCAAGAGGAGGUUGCCACACAUGUAAAACCAAGAAAGUCAAGUGUGAUGAAGUGCAACCGAAAUGCACAUUCUGUCAAAAGAGGAAUCUCACUUGCACCUACCCACCCAGAGUCACAAGAUCUGAGCCAUCCAGUCCUUCAAAUCCUCAAAGUUCUGAGAGAAGAAAUCGAGGCACGUCUCUUUCGAGUGACCCGGGUUCUACAGAGACCUCAUGGGAGCUGGCUACUUCUCCGUCACCCCUCGUGAUGACUUCAGCUGGUGCCCUUUCCGCCGUAGAUAUACGCAUGAUGCACCAGUGGUCGUCGAUGACUUCUGUAUCGGUCGCUGUUGGAAACGCAGCACACAAAACCUUGCAACUGACCAUUCCGGAGCUUGCUUUCGAGAACGAAUAUUUGAUGAACGGAAUUCUUGGCAUUGCGUCCCUACACAUGCAGUCCCUCGUUCCAAAUCCUGAUCAAGUCCGACGACAAACAGACAUCUACAGAGCCAAAGCAAUAAGUGGCUUCCGUCAAGCAUUAACCAGGAUUGUCCCUUUCAGUCGAGAAUAUGAAGCCGCUCUGGUCACGUCGAUCCUCAUAGUAGUCCUCUGCAGUAUAGACUAUGAUCCUGGAGAAGGGCAACUUAUUGUUGUCAACUGGUUUAUCCUAUACAGAGGACUAUCAACUGUCAUAACAAUGGUCACGUUUCCCAGUGUGCGUUCUCUCAGUGUCGGACCGAUCUUUCGUCGAGAGAUCUCGGAAUUGAAGGUUGUACCAGUUGUUCCAACAGUCCUAAUGGACAUGGUACGGUCCAUCCCAACCGACGACCCUGAUUUUGAUAUGCUUGAGGACUACUGCAAGAUCCUCGAUGCCAUUGGAAUGCUCUAUGCAAGUCUUCAGCAAGACGGACUUGGCGACGGACUUUUCAUCCGAGUGGUAGCCUGGCCAUCAUUUUCUUCUCAUGGAUUUUCACAGUGUGCUUCGGAAUACAGGCCAAGAGCUCUUGUAAUUCUGUCCUACUACCUGAUGUUUGUGAAAUUGGGUAAGGAAUUGUGGUGGAUGAAAGGGGUCGCUGAUCGGGAUAUCGAAGGCAUCAAGAAUAUUGUUGGUCCUAAAUGGCAACCAUUCAUGCUGGUCCCUUUGCAAGCUAUGGCCAUGACAGACCGCAAUGAAAUCGCUAAACUCAUGCUUGGUUGA